AUGAAGCCCUUCACUGUGCUCGUGGUGGCCCUGGCGGUGUGCUCGCUGGUUGCCGCUAAAGAGACCGCUGCUAAGGAGGAAGCAGUGAAGGUUGAGGAGGGCUCCAGCCGACAGGGUCGCCUCUUCUUCUUGACCAAGCUGCUGGCGGGCCCUGCUGCGCUGGAGUGUGUGGCCACCAAGGUGGGCUACCGGUGCCAUUUCAAGUCGAAAGAAGACCUAUGCCCGAUGCUGUUGGAGCAGAUGGGAUGUCCAGAGAACCAGUAUUGCGGCUCAGGACCCGACGGCAACAUCUGCAAGCCGAAGCUGCAGGUCGGAGACACUUGCACUGUGAAGACCCAGUGCCUCUCCGACACUUGCCGCAACAGGAAGUGCAAGGCUGACGCUUGCCCGGCGGUUGACAUGUCCAUCGACUGCAUGCCCACGCAGUAUUGCUCUCCGGGAGAGGACGGCAACAUGUGCGUUGCCAAGAAGGAAAAGGGAGCACAUUGCUCGUCUCGAUUGCAGUGCAAGUCCAACGUUUGCGACGACCGCGGAGUCUGCAUUGAGGACAAGUGCCCGCACCCCUACAUGGAGGAGCGCUGUCUUCCGAACCAGUUCUGCAGCCCAGCUCCUUACGGCAACGUGUGCGUGGACAAGAGGAACAACAACGAUCAGUGCCACCAGAACGCCGAGUGCAAGUCUGGUCUCUGCCGAAACGGAGUUUGCAAGGCCAACGAAUGUCCUACUCCCUUCUCCAGCGAGGGAUGCAACCAGCUCACGCAAAUCUGCAUGAUAACUACCAACGGAAAAGAGUGUUUGACCAAGCUUCCCAACCAACAGCCCUGCCUACUUUCUGCCCAAUGCCUCUCCGGCAACUGUGUCAGAGGAACCUGCACUGACGGCGACGGAACCGAAAUGCCCAACGGCGCUUCCUGCAGCAUGCCCACCGAAUGCGCCUCGGGCAACUGCGUGCUCCAGCGUUGCGCCGCCACGCGUAACGGCAUCAGCGGCGUGUGCAUGGACAACGACGAUUGCCAGUCCAACAACUGCGUGUUGAACGUGUGCGCCGUUCCUGCGGUAGCCACCACGACUGAUGCUACAACAAUGACGACCACGACGGCUAGCGCCGCCGCAUCGUUGCUUGACAUUGGUGUCGCCUGCAUGGACAGCGCUGACUGUGCGAGUAACAACUGCGUCCUCGAAGUCUGCGCCCUUGCGCUGGCCGCCUUCGAUCGUGGCGCCACCUACAGCGAUAUGUCCCUCUGCGCCAAGGCCGCGCGGCUGGACGGCCAGUCCAGCGAGCCAGUCUAG